AUGAGAUCUCUGUUCUUUGCGAUGCUGAGGUUGCUCUUAUCGUCUUCUCUUCCAAAGGCAAGCUCUUCGAAUAUUCCACCGACUCUUGCAUGGAAAGGAUACUUGAACGCUAUGAUCGCUAUCUAUAUUCAGACAAACAACUUGUUGGCCGAGAAAUUUCACAGAAUGAAUUUUAUGGGGGAAGAUCUGGAUUCGUUGAGCUUAAAGGAGCUUCAAAGCUUGGAGCAUCAGCUUGAUGCUGCUAUCAAGAGCAUUAGGUCAAGAAAGAACCAAGCUAUGUUCGAAUCCAUAUCUGCGCUUCAGAAGAAGGACAAGGCCUUGCAAGAUCACAAUAAUUCGCUUCUCAAAAAGAUCAAGGAGAGGGAGAAGAAAACAGGUCAGCAAGAAGGACAAUUAAUCCAAUGCUCCAACUCUUCUUCAGUUCUUCUUCCCCAAUACUGCGUGACCUCCUCCAGAGACGGCUUUGUGGAGAGAGUUGGGGGAGAGAACGGCAGUGCACCACCUUCGUUGGCCGAACCAAACUCUCUUCUUCCGGCUUGGAUGUUACGUCCUACCACGAAUGAGUAG